AUGUUUCUUGACCAUGUGUUGUGUAGGAGAGUUGUUUAUCCCACUCUUAGGUACACUGCCACCGGUGGUAAGAUCAUAAGUGAGAAGGGUGUAGGAACCCUUCUGUCAGUCACGGCGAGCUUGAAGCAAUGCAUCAAGCAGUUUAGAAAGCUGAACUUUCUCAAGGGAGAUAGGGAUCCAGAUCCCCAACCUUGCUUUAGAAUGUUCCACGCUACUCAAGCUCAUACAAAUGCUCAAAUGAACAAGUUUUUGGGCACCAUGGCUGAGUGGUAUAGGUAUGCAGAUAAUAGGAAAAAGAUUGUGAACUUCUGCUCUUACAUCGUGAGGGGCUCGCUUGCAAAGCUAUAUGCUGCAAAAUACAAGCUCCGGUCAAGAGCAAAAGUAUACAAAAUCGGUGCGCGUAACCUGAGCCGCCCAUUGAAGGAGAAGAAAGGGCAGUCUCCUGAGUAUCAGAAUUUGCUAAGGAUGGGCCUUGCCGAGUCAAUCGAUGGGCUCAAAUAUACAAGGUUGUCUCUUGUACCGGAGGCAGAUUAUACUCCAUUCCCUAGUAACUGGAGACCGGAUCAUGAAAAGUCAUUGCUGGAAUAUAUAAAACUAGAGGAUCCAAAGACAUUGGAGGAGCAACAAAGCAGCAUAAGGGAACAAGGUCUUGUUUCACCACAAGAUUACAUUUCAAUGCUUGUUUGGAAUUACAAAAGGAGUACUCUUCCUAGGGAUCAGCUCUCCUUUGUUAAGAGCGAUGAAAGUACGGUGGGAAAUCAACAGUUGCUGGUUGGCUCGAACCAGGAUGAAGAUGACCGCAAAAGCAACGAGGAAGAAAAUGAUGAAAAUAUGGAUGCAGCACAAAUGUAA